UGAAUUUUAAAAUCUCCACGCAUGCCCAAAGGGAUGUUUUCGUCCAUAUUUGUUUACCUUUUGGAAGGCAAGUCGCACUUGUGAGUCAACCUAUUCUAAUUCAGCAGGACAUAACAAAUUAUUAGAAGUAUGACAUUUAAAAUGGAUUAAAACAACUUUACGGAUUACAUUCAUAUUUUAAGACAAGACUUGGUCAAUCGCAUCGAAAUAAUCAACAGCUUUUGCUUAAGCCUGAGCACAUGUCAGCAUUUCAUCAAAGGUGAAGCUUCGUCCGAUCAUUGACUCUGAGAGAGCCUUUGUCGUCAUCAUCUCAUUGAUCCAUUGAAAUUGAUUUGAUUGCCGAGGAGAGCAUACGAAUAAUUGUCACAAUGGGGAACACGUCGUCUUCUCGUAACAGACAUAUUUCUGGAGACGAAACGGGACCCUCUCUUACCGCUGGCAAAUUUCUCUCCGACUCCAGUUCCAGCCAGGAUAACUAUGAGGCCCUUCUUAGAUCUGGAUUCAGGAGACAGAGGGCUGCAACAACCCAGAGCCAGGGUGACACCUCCAUCAUUAAAACAAAACUUCUUCCAACUGUCUUCAAGUGGGAAGGGGGUGGCAAAGAUGUUUUUAUAACAGGUUCAUUUAAUAACUGGCAGGCCAAAAUACCAUUGGUUAAAAGCAGUCAUGAUGGUGAAUUUCUCACCAUAAUUGAUCUUCCGGAAGGGGAAUACCAAUAUAGAUUUUGUGUUGAUGGCAACGUGUGUGUAGACCCCAAUGAGCCCACUGUUACCAAUGACAAAGGCACUCAGAACAAUGUUAUUUCUGUGAAGAAAUCAGACUUUGAGGUGUUUGAGGCACUCGCCCUAGAUAGUUUGAACACCAACAGCAACAAAAAAGGAUAUGAUAUCCCUGGUUCUCCGACAGGAGAGUACUGUCAGGAUGUUCCCCCUAGGAAACCAGGAGAGAAACACAGCGGGCCACCAAUACUACCUCCUCACCUACUUCAAGUGAUACUAAACAAGGAUACUCCUGCACAUUGUGAACCAACUUUACUACCAGAGCCCAACCAUGUGAUGCUAAAUCAUUUGUAUGCUUUAUCUAUAAAGGAUGGAGUUAUGGUUCUUAGUGCCACACAUAGAUUUCGAAAGAAAUAUGUUACCACCUUGCUGUAUAAACCUAUAUAGGACUUAAAAGACAUAUAGGCAUAUUUUAUCAAAUUAUUGAGUAGAUAGUGUUUUAACUUUAUAAUUUUUCCCUUCCAUGCAAUGACUGUAUCAUUUGACCACUGAUUCAGAACAAGACAUAUAAUGGAGGAUUCUAGUCUUUCUGGUGUACAUUUUUGUUUCCUUGUGUAAUGUUUCAAAUAGGUUUCAGUUAAAAUAUUGUUUGUUCCAUCCUUUUGACCAACUUAGAAAACCUUCUGCAAAUAAUCAAUACAUUUUAUUACAAAUUCUCUUAAUAAAAUUAUUUUUCCUUUGUUAUAAAGAAAAACAAAAUAAUACUGGGAUUUUUAGAAUAUUUGCACAAAUGAGAUUAUUUUAUAUUGACAUGGCCCUAUUCUUAAGUUAAAAAGGAGAAACAAUCAAUAUUUGAAUUUAGACCAUAUCAGCAGGAUUUUGUGUUGAUUAGCCUGCUUGUCAUUGUGCAUAGAAACACUUCAUUUAAAUACCAAAAGACAGCAUGAGGUAAAAUUAAAUUAUUAGUAAAAUGUUUGCAAAAGGCCACUUGGUCAGAGUUUCUUGAACAUGUGGUAUCAUAGCUGUUGAAUUUGGUAUUAUGCAUCAGCUAUUUCAAUUCUUUAAUUCCAAAAUCAUACUCAUUUUUGAAAAAUAUAAUUUCAAGAUAUACCGUGGUACAUGUAUUUUGAAGUACAUUGUUGUAGUAAGUCGGUAUGGACGUUUUCAAUAAGAGACUGGGUAAAUGUGUGAGAUAUACCAAUAUGAUUUACUUUGAGGAGUUUUAGCUCACCUGAGCUUUUCUGAUCACUGUUUGUUGUCUGUCCAUAUAUGUCUGUAAACUUUUCACAUUUUCAUCUUCUCUAGAACCACAGAAUCAUGGCCUCUAGGGGUGGAGUGGGGCCGCAAUAGGGGAUCAAAAUUUUAUCAGUGAAUAUAUAGGGGAAAUCUUUAAAAAUCUUCUUCUCAAGAACCACUGAGUCAGAAAUGUUGAAAUUUACAUGAAAGCUUUCAUGAUAUAGUGUAGAUUCAAUUUUUUAAAAUCAUGACCCCCAGGGGUAGGGUGGGGCUACAAUCAGGAAUAAUGUUUUAUAUGCGGAUAUAUAGGGAAAAUGUUUAAAAAUCCUCUCAAGAAUGGCAGGAUCAUGAAUAGUCAUGUUAGUAUGCAAGCGUCCUUAGUAGUGCAGAUUCAAGUUUGUUUAAAUUGUGGCCCUCUGAAGUAAAUGGGGCCACAACAGGGGAUCAAAGUUUAACAUGGGAAUAUAUAUAGAAACCUCUUUAAAAAUCUUGAUCUCUAGAGCAGCAGGGUCAUGAUUAGUCAUAUUGAUAUGCAAGUAUCUUUAGGUAGCUCAAAUUCAGGUUUGUUCAAUUCAGGGGUAGGGUGGGGCCACGAUAGGAAAUCAAAGUUUUUUAUGGGAAUAGACAGGAAAUUAAUUCAAACAUUCUUUUCAAGAGUAGCAGGGCCACACUAAUUUAUGUCCAAAUGCAAAUGUUCCCAAGUUGUGUGGAUUCCAAGUUUUUUUUAUACCAGGGCUCUCAUAUUUUUUAUAUGUACAUUUCUUUUGACAAGACCUUUUCAUAUGGUUCUAAAGUUUUUAACUUAAAUGUACUCUUUCUCAAGUUAGGACUUCAUCUUGUAUGAACAGCUUUCUAACUUCAACAAUCAACUGUGUGACCUUGACCUUGAAGUUUGACCUACUUUGAAAACAACCUAUCAAAUAUCUCUGAACUAUGUAAAGUAGGACUUUCUUAAUUUGUAUAUAGAUUCUUUAUGGCAAGACCUUUCAUUUCAUACCAUGAUCCUUCCCUUCCAGAACAGCAAGGUCAUGUUGAAACGUUUGGGCUAGGCUGGCCACAAUAUGGGGUCAAACUUUUUCAUGGGAAUAAAGAUUGAAAAAAAAACUUUAAUGAAUCACAACAGCUGAACAAUAGCAGGGCCACAGUGACUCAGGUGAGCGAUGUGACCCAUGGGUCUCAUUUUGGGGGGUUGCAUAUUUUUGGUUUAUAUUUUGCAUAUAAUGGAUGCCCAAUGCGAUUUUUAAAAUUUUAAAUUUCAGACACAUUAAAUGAUAAAUUUACCAAUUUUUCCUUCUGUUUUAGAUUGCGAAGUUUUGGUACAUUGUAAUAUUAAAUAAUAUUCUAAACAUAGGAUGUGAUAAAAUUAAAAUAAAUGGACAAUAAAUUGUGAUGUUGUUAAAAACCAUAGGUGAUCUCAUCCUUGUUAUGUGUUUUGUUGGUAUAUGUAUGGGUUUUUUGAGACACAACUUGUCCGUAUGUUGCCUGAAGUUAGGACAUUGUUGUGCCAAAUUGUUAUUACUUAGGUAGUAAGUGAGAAAAGUAUAUAUGUAUAUCAGUAUUGUACUGUUGCAAUCACCUACACUGUUGAAAUAGAAGUUAACUCUGAUGUAUGAUUUAUUUUCGAAAGUCAGAAAAUGAGUUACAGUGGUAUUACCUUGUUUAACAAUUUAGCAUUCGAUUUCCCUUUGGCAGCUGUGUCGAAUGGUUUAGUUGUGAAUGAAAGGGUUUUUCAUCUUCUGUAUUCAAUAUACAAAUUUAGUAAUUAGAAUGAAUUAUUUUUGAAAGAAAAACUUUUUGUAAGCAAUUUGUAUGUCCUUGGUAAAACAGCUUGCUUCAUGCUAAUUUCGAUUGUUCCAAAUUUCUUACUCCUUCACUAUUUUAUGUAUAAUUCGCUAAUAGUUCUAGACCGCAUUUUUAUGUUAUGCAAGUUUGACUAUGAAACUUAAUGUGCUGGUUAAGGCUUUGAUUUUUUUUUCCAUUUUAACCAUUCCUAAAUAAAGUCUAAACAUGUCAUUAUACAGGUUGUGAAUUAAAACAAAGCUACGAGAAUUACAAAAGAAAAUCACAGCUUUGUGUAUUAUGUGAUGUAUGUAUAUCACUCAAACUUCUAAAUUUUAGUAGGUUUUUACAUGAUAUAAAUUCUCAGGUGUGUUCACAUUUUCAACAUGAAGCACUCUCCUGACUACUGGGGAAAUGAUUUCUUGUGGCAUAAGAAUAUGGCAGGACCAGAGUCCAUUUUACAGUCAAUUUAAACAUGUAGGAUUUUUCUUUCUCCAGCAGAGAUGCAUGGUGGAUAUGUGUGAAGGCAGUUUUUGUGUACCUAAGGUUCACAGUUUGAUAUUGAGGCUCUUGCAUGCAUAUGUGGUUUUGUGAAGAAUAAGUCUGGAACUGCCUAUAAGGAGGGCAUCAGGAUGAAUAUUUGAUGAAUUGAUGGGUAAUGAAUAUCAGGUAAUUGUGGACUUGACACAUUAGGGGUGGUUUAAGAAUGUAAGGUGGCAGAUAAUGAUUUUAAAGAAGUUUUACUGAUAUUUUGUGGAAUGUAAUUUUUACAUAUACAUGUAAAUUGUAUUUUCAUGAAAUGUAUUUGAUUUGCUGUAGAUACUAUUUUAAGAUUAAGAUGUUGCAAUAUGAUAUAAAGACAAAUGUAUCUUCAAGCUUCCUGCACAUAAUAUGAUUGAUUUCAUGAAAUUAAAUGUAUCAUCUAUUUAAGAAUUAUGUCCUUUAACGCAUAUUUCAGAUGGAGAAAUUCUGCUCUUAAAAUUAACAAUGAAGUGUAUCUCAAAUGAAAAUCUGUACAUAUAUAUGCAUAUUACAUGAUGACCGUUCUAUCUUAAGUAACCCAAUAAAGGACAGAAGUGAUAUGCUA